CAACGAAGACAGCACCAUGGAGACCUCUACACUGCCCCAACAGAAGCAGAAGCAGUACCAGUUCCACCAGCAGCAGGAACAACAACAUGCAAAGCAGCAUCAGCAUCGCCAUCAAUACCAGCAGCAGCCAGCGAAUGUGGGCUACCAUCUGUAUCUGUAUCGCCAGCAACUGGCACGCCGCAAUGUGGAGUACAUGCGUCUGUCCAAGGCCAAGUACUGCAUCACGGACACGCUGCUGGCCAAGACGGUGCGGAAUCUCAAGGCCUGCAGUGUGGACGAGCUGAAGACGGUCAACAAUCAGAUUGUGUUCCGGCACAAGCUGAAGCAUCAGAUCCGUCGUCUGCGCAAGCUUCAGUUUUUGGGUAUUAAGAAUGCCAAUCCGCAGAUGGAGAGCACAGAGCUGUAAGAUGGAUGAGGCAGCAACAGGAGGAGGAACAAAAGCAGCCCUGGCUAUGACUUGAGCUUAGCCAGGAGCAGCAGGAGGAACCCAGAGAAAGCAGCUGCAAGAUGAAACCAAAUGGAAAAGCAACAACAGGUGAAGUCUUGGCUAUGAAUUGCGCCUAGCCACAGUAGGCUUCCGUCUGUCAGAGCCCAGAAGCAUGACCUAUGAGGCCAUGACCUGUGGCUGCUACGUGGAUCAACAAACAUAGUUUAAGUGGCGGGCACUGCAUUAAUCUAUAUUUAAAUUAUUUACGGCUAAUAUUUACACAAUUUUCAAAAAAUACAUAUCAAUAAAUUUACUUACUGUUGCAUGAAAAUGUUUGAAGAUUUUCCGCCCUUCACAAACGUAGACAUUCUGGGAUUAAGGGUCAACCCUAAAUCCAACUAUCAA